UUUGGGGCUGAACUCUUGGGAGUUAGAGCCGCGGUAAGCCAUCUCAAGGCAUUCACUAGAGGCAAGCGUAACUGUACCGUUGCUUUUGCCACGCACUUGUCUCUAACCUGCCUUGCUGACACCAGCAUCCAGCAUCUGCGAGCCGUACCUCAGCCUCUCAGCUGAGAUCACGUCGAAAGCUGUGCUUCACAAGAUUUAGUAACAACAUAUUGAGAUUUUCUGAGGCUGUCAUUAACGAGAAGACUGAAAUAUGCCAAGGUCAUUCCUGGUGAAGAGUAAGAAAGCCCACAGCUACCACCAACCGAGGUCCUUCGAGGACGACAGCACAACCAGACUGGAAAAUAUUUUAGCGCAUAUCUGUGCAGCAGAGAACAGACUAGCUGCUGAAGAAGAUGACGAUGCAUCAAGCUAUGCCUUCAGAGAAGAGAAGGAUCCUGACCACGACCACGCCCACGUUUCACAGCUGACUGACCCCACAGAAAUGACAAAGUGCAGUGAGGAAGGCAGCCUGUACGAUCGCCGUUUGGAGCCGGAAGAUUACUGGAGGCCACCUUCUCCAUCUGCAUCGCCAGUUUCUGAGAAAUCAAUUUCUCCAUCACCAGAUGACCACGCCAUCUCGUUUCCUUUCAAGUCCAACUAUCCUUGGACAUACUCGGGAUCAGAACUCAGGCACCUGGUGCAAACGUACCGGCCCUCAUCCUUGGAACGUAGCCCUGCCCUGGGACUCUUCUCUGAGCGGGGUUCUGAUGUGGCUUUAUACAACAGUGAACACAGCUCUAUAGCACAGAACAUUUAUGAAGACUUCAGUUCACCAAGUGGCCCUUAUUACCGAGGUUCGGGGAUAUACCAGGAACGAAAUCACGGUCUUCAGGAAAAAGCUGCAGAUAUCAAAGCAGAAUCUGAGCUCCUGUGCACACGACUCCUUCUGAAUAAUGGGUCAUACAAGUGCAUUAAAUGCAGCAAGGUAUUUUCAACCCCCCAUGGACUGGAGGUGCAUGUCAGAAGGUCUCACAGUGGAACCAGACCAUUUGCCUGUGAAAUGUGUGGGAAAACCUUUGGUCAUGCAGUUAGCCUGGAGCAACACAAGGCUGUACAUUCACAGGAACGAAGUUUUGACUGCAAAAUAUGCGGCAAGAGUUUCAAAAGAUCCUCGACUCUGUCAACUCACCUACUUAUUCACUCUGAUACCAGACCUUAUCCCUGUCAAUACUGUGGCAAAAGGUUUCAUCAGAAAUCAGAUAUGAAAAAACACACCUUCAUCCACACAGGAGAAAAACCUCACAAAUGUCAAGUGUGCGGGAAAUCAUUCAGCCAGAGUUCGAACCUGAUAACCCACAGCCGCAAACAUACGGGGUUCAAACCUUUCGGGUGCGAUCUGUGUGGGAAAGGGUUUCAGAGGAAAGUGGAUCUGCGGCGACACCGUGAAACUCAGCAUGGACUGAAGUGAAAUGAUAAAAUAACCACGUGGAAUAAUUGGAAUUUGCAUCAAGUGAAACACUAUUGUGUUAAAGAGAUUUGCUAACAGGCUAGACCCCUCGGAUGAACUUGCCUGUGAGACUGGGGUUUAAGGCUUCACAAAGUCAGCAAUUCUUAAUUUUGUUUAAGUAAUGAGCAGGUACAUGUAUGUAUGAGACAGUUUCUCUGUAUUCCAGAAACCAUGGAAGAAGCGAAGUGUUGUCUAAAAACACUACCCAGAAUGUGCCUUAAGCAGGGAUUUUGGAACACUCAUUUGUGCGCCUAUAUUAAUCGGUGUCAAUCAAAAUCGUUUAAAAACUUGCUGUGGUUAUUCACCUUGUGAGUUGCCGCAUUAAAAAUUGACCCAUAAUUAACGAAUACAGAAGGAUUGCUCUAUAGCAACAUUAUUUCCACUAAAUUCGACACGAACAUUUAUUUUGUGUUUGUUUCACAAGUAAACAAUAUAUUUGCAGUGGAUUUUUAAGUGUACUCAAGCCCAGAAAUUUGGUACCUAAUGCAACGACCUUUUUCAAAUACUAGUGACUAUAGGAGUUAUCAUCUUUGUAAAUGUGACUGUUUGCUAUAACAAUUCCAGCUGUAUUAUUUAAUUGCAUUUUUGUGCAUCAUUUAUUUAUAUAAACUACAGAGACCAAUUGUUUUGCUGCAAGGCUAAAAGCAGCAAACUGGUAAGUUGCCUUAAAAUGAACCCAUGGACUUUUUUCAUUGAAAUGUUUUUUGCGUUUUAUACUGUGUGACGUUUGUAUAUAUUAUUUUUUGCUUGAACUUUAUAGAUGUGUAAUAUGUCUACUGAAACCUAUUUAUUCAGAAGCUCUUUGAUUUAAAUUAAUAAACUAAAAUUUGAAGAUU